AUGACGUCAUCCGGCCGGGUGGCCGGACCAUAUGGCGCCGUUCCGGCCGAUGUUCCGUCCACCAGGUCGGCCACACCCGCGGUCUGUGGCCGACGAGCACGUACUCCGGCGACGGCCGUCGUCCCGGCCGAGAACCGGGACUGGCCGGCCAUCCCUUCGACGGGACCAUAUCGCGGCCGUGGUGAGCUGUUUUGGAAAAUUCAGCUUGACCAAGACCUGGUGGACACCAUUUCGUCAAUUUACCCCGAGUGGUUCCGCCAACAACAGCAACAGCAGCAGCUGCAGCAACAGCAGCAGCAACAGCAGCAGCAGCAGCUGCAGCAACAGCAGCACACCAACCCAUUAACCAUGCAGAACAAUAUUUCACAACCGUCUCCGCCCUCAGCCGAGGUGGACGAAUCACCGUUGCAAAAGUCUAUGGACAAAAACAAAGAAUCUCUCAAAGUCAAGUUGAUGUUGAGGAGACCCAUUAACCAAUUGGUUGCCCAAGGAAUUAUGCCCUGUUUGAAAAGCCCACCAGCCUUCCAUGAACAACGACAAAAGUUGGAGAGGGCCAAGAUGGGCGAUCUGUUGAAAGCCAAAAUUCAACAGAGGCCUGACAAACAGCAGCUGGUCAGACAGCACAUAUUAGAGGACGUCGGCGACUUGGACCGAUCAUUAGCCGAACGUCAGCGCAUGUUGGUCAAGUGUCGUUUGGCAGAUUCACUAAAUACCCAACUAGCACACAGGCCCGGUCCUUUGGAAUUGAUCAAAAAGAAUAUACUCCACACGGACGAGCCCAUUGAAAGGGCUGUUAAAGAGGGUCAGAUCGAGUUCAAAGCCACCAGCGAAGGACAAAAAAUCAAGCCUGAACUCCCUGAUCAGUAUUUGACACUAGACGAAGACUCUCAGAGUUCGGGUGGCGCUGGAAGUUCGUGUUCCCCUCCACCGCCACCGCCACCACCCCCGCCACCGCCACCAUCGGUAGCGCUGACCCACAGGCCAGCGUAUGAUAUGAUAGAGACGGCCGCUGCCAACGCCGGUAUCGUCACCUUAACGUUACUACCUUCACCCCUGGGCUCAUCCACGUCCAGCUUGUCACCGAUGAGUUCGGUUGCCUCACCACCGCCCCCGGCACCCCCUCCAAUGCCUCCGUCGUCCCUACCGCUACAGGUGCAUGGGCAGCAGCCGGCACCUGGUAAGGACAAGAACCGAAAGAAGAGCAAGAGUAAGUCGCAGGCGAAGACGAGAACGAUUAAGUUUCACGAGUACAAGGGACCACCGAGUGCGCAUAAGUCACAAAAUCUAAACUCGAAUUCGGCUGAGACCUCGUACGAGCUGCUUCUACAGCAGCAGCAGUUGUUCUUGCAGUGGCAACUCGAGUGGCAACAAAAGUAUCCUCAACUCAUACUGCCCGCUCCACCACACAAAUCGACCUCGUCAAUCGUUGAACAAUCUUCUACCGUAUCGUCGUCGUCGUCGUUAUCGUCCUCGCCAUCGUCUGCGUCGUCUACGACGUCUGCCCAGACCAUCAACAAUCUACCGCAGAUUAUCGAAACCCGUUCGUUACGAAAUCUCGAUGAUUUAAAGGUGAGUGACUUAAAGGCUGAACUAAAGAAACGUAAUUUACCCGUGUCUGGGCCGAAGCCACAGUUGAUUGAAAGGCUACGGUCGUUCGCUGAACACAAUUCGGAUUUGUCGAACAUAAUACUAUCGCCCGGCAAUCAUUCGAAUCCGAACAGUCCUCCACGGUCAUCGUCUACGCCGCCUCCACCACCUCCUCCACCGCCACCACCACCCUUACCAUCACCAGGAUCCCAAAAUACGCCGGAAGAAGACCGCAUCAUACGGGAACAGCAGAGGCGCAUUGAACAGUUACAAAAACAACUGCUUAACUCCCAACUGCAGCUUCAACAACAACAGCAGACUAGGGUACAAACAUUCCAGCCUCAUCAGCCGGUUAAUGCGAAAGCAAAUCUGGCAGCCUUCCUUCAGCAGCAGCAGUUGAACCAGCAGCAAAAACAACAGAAACACAUGAUCUUGACGACGAACAAUAAUAAUUCAAUGAAGAAUAACAACAACAACAACAACAAUAAUAACAAUCUUGAGACGACUAAACGGCGGAGCAAUACAAUUGUAUUGGACAAAGAACAAGCGGCAUCAAUUUUGAGUCAGUUGGACCACAACGGUCAAAGUAGAACGACUUCACUGCCAAAUUUUUUGGGUACGUUCGUUCAACCCAAUUUGACCACCACCAACAUCAUCAACAAUAACAACACUAAUAUUAACAACAAUAAUAAGCCGACGAUCGCGGUCGUUCAGACCCCCUCCGGGUUCCACAAGGUGGCGGACGACGACAAAGUCGACAUUCCCAUGGUCGUGGAUGACGUGAAAUUACAACAGCAAUCCGCCGUAAACUUGCCGUCGCAGCUGCAGCAGCUAGUGGAAAGAGUUGUUAAGUCACCUUCGGAAAAUCGACACCAGGACACGUUGGAAAACAACAAUCUAAGUCCAAAACAGGAGGACGUAAAACCGCCGUCACCGUCAUCGUCACCUUACAUCGAUAUCAACAGUCUGCCAAUGGUGUUCGACGACACGAAACUGUUUCAAAACGACCAUCUAGUCGACACUUGCCGGCACAACGUGUCCAAAAGUCAGAUGAUGGACGACGUCCUGGAGAUAUUGAUCAGGAACGGCGAGUUACCAGCGUCGGCGGCCCACGAUCAGACGUCUGCGGGCUCCGUCGUCGAUCACUCGGUGGUAAACGCCGCUUCCGACUUCGACAUACACAUGGACGAUCCGUUCGCCAUGGACGUGGUGUGCAACGACGACCUGAUGAUGGACGUGGACACUGACUGGUUGGAUUCGCUGGAUCUGCCGCCGCCGUCGGCCGAACCGCUGGCCGACCUGUUCAACGGUGAAGCCACCGACAACGACUUCAAACUUCCCGCCAACAUGGACUUCCUGUGGGACCGAAUAGACUUCGCGACGUAA